AUGUCUCCUCCAUUAUUACACAGCCUCCUUUCUGCGUCACUGCCUGACCACUGUGAACCGACUUCGCCCUUCUUGACCGCCGUCUCCUCGCGUCUCCACAUCUGCAUCCCCACACCCUUAGCGGCGAUCUCCUCCGUUCUCGGAACCCUCAGCAUUGUCUCCUGGCUCUUUGCCCAACUGCCUCAGAUAUUCAAGAACUUUCAGCUGCAGUCAACGUCGGGGUUAUCCAUAUUCUUUCUGAUCAUCUGGUGUCUAGGGGAUGCAAGCAACCUGGUUGGAGCACUUUUCACUAGACAGGCGGGAUGGCAGGUCGUGGUAGCAGGCUACUAUGUCCUGGUUGACAUCACCAUGGUCUUCCAGUUCUUCUGGUAUACCCACCUGAAAGCUCACCGGAAUAGAGAUUAUUCUGACAUGUCGAACUCCUUCGACUCGGAUGGCCGGGAAAUCAUUCAAGGUGUCUCUCCUCCAGGACACGAAGGAAGCCUCCGCACACCAUCAGCAGUCAACAUGAACACCAAGGCGGCCGAAGCAAAGGAUAUGGGUAUUCAGGCCGGGUCAACUCCCAGAUCGACUGACCAGGGAGCCUCUUACUCAAACGAGAAACUGAGCUCCUCGCGCCGCUCCGUCCGAGUCGGCAGCAGUGCCCAGAGUGCCCCUUUUGUACUCCCUCGGACAAUGUUGAUUGCAUCGCUUCUUUGCGCCAUGGUUGCCAACGCCGCUCCCACUGAAUCGCCCCACCCCCCUAUCUCCCACGCUCCCAGCGAGACAAUCCUCGAGAUUUUUGGCCGUAUCAUCUCCUGGAUGUCAACAUUGCUUUAUCUCGGCUCGCGCCCUCCCCAGCUGUACAAGAACUACCAGCGCAAGAGCACAGAAGGUCUCUCUCCUUUGCUCUUUAUGGCCGCCUUCUGCGGAAACUUGUUCUACUCCACCUCCCUGCUCACCAACCCGAACGCCUGGUCGGAUUUCGCACCAUAUGGCGGCGGUGGCUGGGCCGAUGGCCACGGUAAUGACCGCUGGGAAUGGAUCGGACGUUCGCUCCCAUUCUUCCUUGGCGCGUUCGGUGUUCUUGGGCUGGAUGGGUUCAUGGGCAUUCAAUUCCUCAUGUACGGCGAUGGCCCGGAUGCUGAGGAUGACGAGAGUUUCAUCAGUACCGAGGGAGGUGACCCGAAGCGUGGCCGGAGCAGCUGGAAGCGUGUUCGUGGUUGGAUGCGUGGUUGGAUCCCGUCCACUUCACCAGAGCGGGUGUCGAGAGAUCUUUCGCGAUCGCAAGAGGGGCAGGCUUUGCUUGGCUCAGAGCGUGGUCGGUAUGGUACGGUCUAA